AUGUCUAUUUUUACCCACUACGUGGCUGCUUCCAUCGUGUUUGACGUCUGUUACAACAGAAGCGCACACGCUAAGUAUCUCUACUGGGGAUGUUACGCUACCUGGGCGGAGAUGUUGGUCAUCUCGCUUAUGAUGGGAAUUGGUUAUUUCCGUUACUUCGAAUGGGAAAUCCUUGUACUGUGGUUUGUUCUCAUGAUGUACUUGGCACUCAUGAGCUUUUACUACUUCAAAGCUGCAGUUGACACAGAAGAGGGUGACCUUGGUGUUGAAGGGAUGGCUGGCAACAAUCCUGAUCCUCGCGCCGAGUCCACUCAAAGCAACAAACCUGACCCAACUGGCAUGCCCCAUCGGGAGAACGUGAGACUUUACGGUUCCCGGCAUUACAAUUUGGAGACGGAUUUCCAUUUCCAAUGCAGUUCACAGCGCUCGGAGAUAUACACCAUCGAGCCAGGGCUCGUCUCAAAGAUAUACACCAUCUAG